AUGCAUAUUAAUACCUUCCUUAUCACCGCCGGCUUUAUAGCCCUCGGCUCGGCAGAUAGCAGUGCCAAAACCUUCACUUCCGCCGGCACUGUUGACAAGGGCUUUAUAAUUCCGGAAAACCUUCCCGAGGGAGUUUAUACGGUGACCAUGGACGGGGCCGGUAAAGCCCACCAUAGCCGCGUCGCCGACCUGGGCGAGCCCAUCGUGGAUCCGGAGCCCCUCGUAGAGGCGCGCACCAGCUUCCCUCCUCCGCUGUUCCAAUGGAAAAAGCGCCAUUUUGACUACGACUGCGCAGAUCACGCCAGGAUGGAUCCGGACGCAACCGAUCGCGCGGUCGCGGGCGUCCGCAACGAGUGCGGCACGUCGUCUGGCCACUACUACGCCAUCGCGAACGGCGGCGGCCAGCGGAUCGCCGCCUUUUACUGCCGGUUUUCGGGCUCCGGCUCCUGUGGCGCUGAUCUCAGGUAUAGAUACGAGAGCAUCGCGGGGGUCUGUGGGAAGCACACCUCGGGCUGGUCCGACUGGUGGGUGGGCUCCAAGUCGCAAUUUGCCAUCGGGUACCUCCCGGUCAACCCGGGUGAGGUUUUCUGCGGGACGACCCGCGAUGCCGAGGCGAGGAGGGCUGAUUUGUAA